UCCGUUGUAUACGUGAGAAGCCCAGAAUAUGCAUGCUAGUGCCUGGUGAUACUGAUUACGACCUCCUGACGGUAACUAAAAACAGCAGAAGUCACGGGAUAGCCAAAGACAGCUUUUCAUUUGUAACAUCAACUAGCAAAUGCGAUUUUUAUUUAGGAACAAUCCAUUUUGUCAUUUAUUGUUCCGUCCGUCGAAUCUUUGUAUUAAUUUUUUUUACAAAACAAUUUUCGUAUUAAAAUUUAAGUCUACCUCAAGUGAUAUUAAAAUGAAGCGAGAGAUUUGCAUACUCGCAAUUGAAUAUUUUAAAUACAUAAAUUCAUGAAGGUGACGUUAUGUUUAUCAAUAUGUAAAUGACUUGUGUAAAUCUUGGAGGAUCGAAUCCUUUUUCAUUUCAUGAUUUCAUAAAGUACAACAAAUCAGUGAGUGCAUUAUUGUUCAUUGAUUGAAAAAUGGAGGAAAACUCUGAAUUUGUGGAUCUGCUGGAGGAGAGACGAAAAGAUUGUGAUUUUAUAUGGGUAACACGAUCUAUGGAUCCAUUGUUACCACAUAUGCUUCCACCAGAAGCAGUCUACAAUAGGAAUAAAAUAAUAGAAUCUGUUUUACUUGAUACACAAGUUAGAUUUGCAAUUGAUACAAUAGCAAAAACAACAGGUGUUAGGGUUAAAGAUAUUGAAGAUAAUGCUCGUGCUAUGAUAAAUGAAAUGGCUAGCAAAGCAGAUUUGGCUACAGUCCGUUGGCUAGGUAUUUUUAUUACAAAAGCUAUGAAGAGGAUGUUCUCAAGAAUUUAUAUAAAUGAGAUCACUCUAUCUAACUUGAAGAAGGAAACGCAAAUAUCUCAGAUACAAUAUAUCUAUGUACCAUCUCACAGAAGUUAUUUAGAUUUUAUUUUGCUGUCGUACAUUCUCUUUUCUUAUGAUAUGGCGUUACCAAAUAUUGCAGCUGGUAUGGAUUUUUACAAUAUGAGGAUAGUGGGAGAGUUAUUACGGAAAACUGGAGCAUUUUAUAUACGACGUAGUUUUUCCAAUGAUUUAUUAUACAAACAAGUCUUCCGAUCCUAUAUUAACACUAUUGUUAGUCACAGUGAUAGGGCGAUAGAAUUUUUCAUUGAAGGCACUCGGAGUCGUAGUCAAAAGAGUACGGUGCCAAAAUACGGUCUUUUGUCCAUUAUUUUGGAAAGCCUACUGCAAGGUGAUGUACCCGACAUACAUUUUGUGCCUAUGAGUAUCAGUUACGAACGGCCACCAGAGGAAUUAUUAUUUGUUUAUGAAAUACUGGGAAUUCCAAAGCCGAAAGAAAGUACGGCCGGACUUUUCCGAUCACUUUCGAUACUGCAGAAGCCUUUCUCGCACGGUUGCAUUUUCUUUAAUAUCGGGAAACCAAUUUCCGCUUGCCAGCAUAUAGAUACGGCAUAUCGCAAAAGGAAAAUUCUGCAUCCCUCGUUCAAAGUUCCGUCGUCAGUUGUGGAGAACGUAGCUUAUCUUAUAAUAGAGUCACACAAAAAGAAUACUGUACUUAUGCCGAUCAAUGUCAUUGCUUUACUACUCAAUGAAAGAAUACAGAUCAAACCAAAAGAGCCGUAUACAUUCGAUUCAUUGAUCAAAGACUAUCAAUGGCUGAAAAGUUUUUUUAUUAAGUCAAUGAAAACGUUAAUGCAUGAAGCAGAAAUUAAUAAUAAAGAUAAGAUCAAACAGGAAAUAUUAAAAUCCUUGAAGCCACAUGAUGAGCUAAUCGUGUUUGAUUCAUCUGAUACAUUAAAAAUCAAGCAAAGGCAUAAAGGAUUAAAAUUAACGAAUCAUUCAAAAAUUAAAGGUCAUUUGUUAUCAGAACGCACUAUGCAAUUAGCAGUGCCAGCUAUUAACGUUGCAGUUUAUAUUAAUCCAACUUUAGCUUUUCUCACGGAAAUAGCUUUUAUUACUGCUACAAUAGGCGAUAAUGGCAUUCAGAAAGAAAUAGCUUUGGGACGAUAUGAGUUAUUGAGAAAUUUGCUCAGCACCGAGUUUGCAAUGCGUCCAAUUGAAGAUAAAAUCUUGCUUGAAGCGGAAUGGGAAAAAUCGUUGAAUAUAUUGCUAUUAGAGGAUUGCUUGCAUGUGGCGAAGGACUCCAUUUUUCCAGGAAAUAAUACGAAAUUGUUUUCCAUCUUACACAAUGUUAUAUUACCUUUUAUAGACGUUGUUUACGUGAUGUGCAAUUUAUUACUCGAGUGGACAGAAAAAAUAUCGGACGAACUCACAGAUCGAACGAUUCUCGUCGAAAUGCAGAAGGAAGUGGAAAAAUUAAUGUUCGAGAGUAAAGGCUGGUGUCAACAUCCAUAUUGCUUGUCUCUUGAUCUCUAUAGUAAUGUAUGGUCCAAUUUAUUGUCGCAAGGCAUCGUUACCGCUCAGGAACAUACAUAUCAAAUGGAUAAAACGAAAUUGGCAAAUCUCAUCGAGGCACUGCGCGAAUUACCGCUGCAACGUCCCUUGGCGACUUAUGCCGAGGCACUUCCUUUAAUCAUUUUGACAUCAUCGGUGGACAUACAAGCUAAAUUAUAAGGGUUGUUUAUCGUGAA